AUGAGAUACCUAAGUUCAAGAAAAGAGUUGAUGAAUGAGUUUGGGAUGGCUGGUCUAGGAAAUAUGAUUUUUAUAGGGAUUGAGAUUAUGUACUUUAAGAAAGGCAUAAUUUUACAUCAGUUGAAAUAUGAACUUGAGCUGAAGAGAUUUGAGAUGCUGAAUUGUAAAGUUGUUGUCACACCUGCUGAUAUAAAUCAGAAAUUGGAUUCUGAUUCUGAUGGUGAUGAUGUAGAUGUGACAACGUUCAAGCAGUUGGUAGACUCUCUAAGGUAUUUGUGUAAUACCAUACCUGAUAUUUAUUAUGUAGUUGGAAUGGUGAGUAAGUUUAUCAGUAAACCGGAGUGGUCUCAUUACCAAGCUGCUGUCAGAAUUAUGAGGUAUAUAAAGGGAACUCUAAAGUAUGGAGUUUUGUUCUCUUUUGGUGCUGAAACUGACUAA